AUGUUCGUGGAGCAUCGUUUGCCCAUUGUCCACCGUCUUGGGGAGCCCGUGGAGUCUCCUUUGAACCAGACUCGCGAGCACUGGUCUGUCGAACAGAGUUCCGCCAUGGCUGCGUCGUCGCACAACCCAUAUCCACGAUCUCCUAAUCCCUCCACCAGGUCGUACGACUCAUCUUCAGUCUCCUCUGCCACAUCUCCAAGGCAACCUGCCCAGUACAUACCGCGAGGUAUGAUGAACACUGGAGCGAGAACAACUACGGCACCACCACCUCAGCCCAUUGGCAUUCCACCCUUACCACCGAUGAACCAAAACGUCUUCACGCCCUACACACCGGUGACUGGUGGCUCAAUGAUGGGUCGCGACUCGCUACCCUCGACCGAUUCCGUGGCAAGUACACCUGGCCCGUCGACAGCUUCACUACCCCCGAUUUCUCAAGCCCAGAAGCGGGCGUACAGGCAGAGAAGGAAAGACCCGAGUUGCGACGCAUGCCGCGAAAGGAAGGUUAAAUGCGACGCCACAGAGACGACGAGUUGUUCAGAGUGUUCAAGUCGUAAUGUCAAGUGCCAGUUCACAAAAGAGACUAAUCGGCGGAUGUCCUCGAUCAAGCAGGUGCAGGACCUAGAGAAGCAGAUGGAGCGUUUACGGCGGGACAACAGCAACUUGAGAAGAAUGCUCCAGGAGCGGGACGGGGCGAUGGACGUUGAUCCGGAUGGCCUCGAACAACUACCUCUCCAGCUACCAGAGGUCGGAACUCACCCCAAGCGAAGAAAGCGGCCUGCCGCUAUUCACGAUCUAGCACGUGCAAGAUCGAAUAUGCGCAUUUUCUCUCGGGGCAUCUGGAAAGCACCUGUCCAGUACCGCCAGGCACCUGCGACGCCAUUGUUCGACCCUCAGAGACCCGAGCUGCCUCCGAGGCAGACGACUGAACAGCUUCUACACGCGUACUAUGGCUCCGCACACACCAUGUUUCCUAUUCUUCACUGGCCAACAUUUCAGACGGGGGUCGACGAUCUUUACAGAAUCGGGAAUACGAAAUCAGUGCAGCCAGCGUGGCUAUCAACGUUCUUCGCGGCUCUAGCACUUGGUAGUCUCUUCAGCCAGGAUCCCCAUCGCGCAUUUCGGGCAGCGGAACUGUUGGAAGUUGCUAGAGGCAUGAUUGACCCGUGGAACAACGACUAUGUUCUCGACAAUGUACGCACAGUGCUCCUCAUUAUACUGUGCCUCAACGAGAUGAAUCAAAAAUCAGCUGCCUGGACAUGGCUGGGAACGGCAGUGCGAGCUGGUCAGGACCUGGGGUUGUACUCGGAAUCCGGACCGUGGCCUGUUAUCGAAGGCGAAAUGCGCCGGCGGGUAUGGUGGACGACUUACAUCCUGGACAGGAGUCUGGCUCUUGAUCUUGGACGACCGGUGUUGAUCGACGACACUGACUGCGACGUCUCGCUUCCUGCCGGCGUGGACGACCACUACAUUCACGAGGGAGGCAUUAUGGUGCCUCCUGGCCGCGAGCCCCUGAAUCACUCCCUCCUUGCUCUGAUUAACGUCACCAGGUCAUACUCUUUUCUGAUCAAGACGCUGGUUGCCCCUAUCGUGGCGCCCACCAGGCUCGCAACCUUCGAUCACCACUUCACCUCCUGCCAGCAAGCUUUCCCCCCAGAGUGCAAGACAUCCAGCACAGGGCAAAUAUUUCCUCACCUCUUGACGCCCUAUAUCUUCGUUCUGCACGCUCGUCUCGCGUUACACCGCCAUAAUCUUGCUCCGACCUGCCCGUUCGAUGUACGUCUGGCCGCCAUGGACCAAUGCAAUAACACGGCUCUUGACACAGCGUCCCUCCUCUCGCGCGCUACCCCGGCCCUUGCAGACGGUGCCACGGCCCUCCUCACUGCCCAUACCUUCCGCUGUGCCCUCUUCCUCCUCCUGGCGGGACACUGGGACCAUGCAACGACGUGCCUACGUGCACUUGCAGCCAUUGACUCGAAACGCGAUGUUGCCAUCCCAUGUGGCCGGUUCCUCGCCUUCUUCGUGUCUACACUAGGUACCAAGCGCGCCGAGUACGCCGCAUUUAUCGCCCGCACGACACCUCCAAAACCAUUCGCCCCGCCUCCUCCUCCUCAGGGCCGUCCCGGACCUACCCCGCUUCAGGAGGCACUGAUGCAGGAUGAAGAGCUUCUAGCGUAUGUCAGUGCCGAUCUGCAAGCAGCGCCAGACUCGGCCUGGGUCUGGGCCGGAGGCGAGCGCGAGGCCAUCCUCUCCCCGACUUCCCCUGGGUCGAUUAUAGCUUCUGGUGGCGCCAGCAGUGGUCUGUUUAGUGCAGAGCAGCGAACCGGGUUGAGCGAGGAGGAAGUUAAGGAAUGGGGAGGAUGGGAGCGCCUCGAGGCGGCCAUACGAGGCCUGGCCUCGGGCAACACAACUCCCACGCCGACAUCCGCCACUUGGAUAUCUGCUUUGCCCGCCGGGAUGAAGAACGAAGACACGCCAACGUUGCCGAGCAUGAUACCAGGCGGCGGCGAGGGGAGCAGCGCCCAUAGCCCCACGACGAGCACCAAGGGCCGGCCCCAGGACAGGUUGAGCAUCGCCAACAUCAUUUAA